AUGAUGUGCCCACUAGUGCCCUCUAGGGGUCCCUUGGAUGAGGAUAUAUUGGAUGACUCCUUGCUGGACCUGAGUGAAGGAGAAGAAGAUGAUGGCCAUUUCAGCUUCACGGAGGAAGAGAUAGAGAAGUACUUGCGGGAUGAUGAUCUAUCAGAUGAGGAUGAGGAACAUUCAUUAGUCAGCCGUGUACCAGUAGCUGAGAGUCCUGGCCUCUUCAAAUCACCUCAGAGUACAUCAGUUGGCCAGGGACCAACUCCUACGAAACCAUUAAACAGACCCUUUGCACCAGAAAAGAAUCUUGUAAAAUUAACAGUUGUUGCACCAUUUAAUCCAACAACUUGUGAUAUUGUGCAUAAUAAGGACAAGACUGAUACAUCCAAAGAUAUUGAAAAACGCUCCUCCCUUGGGGAAGGGAUGAGAGAAGAUGGUCUUAGCCCAAAUAAGAUCAGACUUUGCACUAAUUCUGAGGGGAUCAUCCCCAAUAACUCUUCCUUGGAUGGGCCCUUGCUCCCUUCUCCUUCAAGUAAUAACUUUCAACAAACUGUCCCUGGAAAAAGUAUGCCUGAUAGUAAGAAACCUACAUCUGUAAUCACUCAGAUCUUGGACCAUUCAGAGACUCCUCAUUUAGGGUCAUCCUGGAGAAAUGGAUCACAUAAAUCAAGUUGUGAAAAUAAGUUUCCAAUUGUUUCCAAUUCAUCAAACAAAGAUGUUCUUGACAAGGAUUCUGGGAAGCUGAAAGUUCCUGAGAGAAUAGGCAAAGUCAUCCCUGUUCUGCAAACCAAAGCAAGGACUAAUGUUUCACCGUUUUCACAAUCAGAUCUAGAACGGAAGAAGCAAACUUAUGUCAGGAGUGUUUUUGCUCAUAUAAAAGACUCAGUGGAUUCUAACCAAGGUGCCUUGGUGGAACUGUGUUCUUUGAUGGAUCAAGUUCAUCAUAUGCAUAACCAUCCGCAUCCUUCGGACCUCACCAUUCGAAACUAUGCCCGGUUCCGACAGAAACCUCUGGAAAGAUACAGUCUGACUCAGUGGGUUGACAGGAACAAGCGAAGCCACCAGCGGUUCCAGAGUCUCUAA